AUGCCGUCGUGGCGCGUCGCGGACGUGCGAUCGCUCGCGGACACGCUCACGGACCUCGCGCGCGCGCUCGAGGACGCCGCGGCGGAGGCGAGCGCGCGAGCGGUGGACGACGGCGAUGGCGAGCUCGCGCUGAGCGUCGUUCGAGGCACCGCGCUCGCGGGAAACAUCGCCGAAGCGCUGGACGCGGCGCUGGAGCGCGUGCGGGAACACGCGGGAGAGGCGUUCGCGGACGUGCGCGCGACGCGCCGGGCGACGAAGAGCGUGAUGCGGACGAGGGGCGGUGAUGGGGAUGACGGAUCGGUCGACGCGGAGGGCGACGUGGACGAGACGUUUGAGGAUAUGUUCGACGCGGAGGGGAAACCGCGACGAGGCGCGGGGCGAGGGAUGAGGUACACGCUUCCGGGAAUGAACGCCAUGGCCAUGGGUGAGCUCCGAGGGGUGCUGAAGAAGGUUGGGGUGAAGGCGGCGGCGAGCGAGGGGGACUCGGAGACGAGCGGGAUCGAGCAGCGGGCGGAGGAGGCGGCGUUGAGCAGCGGUGCAGAGGCGGACGGCGAGGCGAGCGAGGUGGAGGCGAUAAAUGGUGAUCGUCGCGAGAUUACAUCGCCGGUGCCGAGCGAGGCGCCAAAGGCGGAGAAGCCGCAGUGGAUGAUCGAACUUGCGGCUAAAAAUGCCGCCAAGCGAGCGGCUCAAAAGCAAGAGCCCUGA